GGAGGAGGAGGAGGAGGAGGAAAAGAAGAGUAUUUGUAGUCCCCAGCCUCUCAAAUUGUGAUGGUGUUGUGAGGGUUUAAUAGCACCUGACUAGCUUUGGUAUGUGGUGAUGACCUUUUUAUGUUGACGUGCUGGUAGUGACGGUAAUAGUGGUGGUGAUGGCUCUGAUGAAUACAGCUAAUGGUGAAUGUAGUAGUUCUGGUGGUAAUGGUGAUUGGCUGUGGUGAGUGGUGGUGAGGUGGUGUUGGUCGCUCGCUGCCUUCGCGCACAAAUUUCCCUCGGUGGCGGCGGCGGGAGUCGGCGGGGGUCGGCGGGGGGCGGCGCGGUGUCGGGUUCCAGCGGUAGUCAGUGUGGACGGACGGGUUGGCGGCGCGGGUCAGGCUGCGGGGGUUCCCAGCGAGAGGAACAUGUGAGGCGCCACGAGUCACGAGGAGCUGUCACGAGAGGAGACAAGGAACCGCUGUAACUCCCAACCCUGGUGACGCUGGUGACCUUUCCGCCGCCACGCCCCUGGGACGCUAUUAUGUCGCGGUGCUGGAUUUAUAGACACGGGGACAGCGACGCCAACUCUUGAACCUCUGAUAGACGCCAGUGACACCAGAUUCGUGACUGUGAUACCUUAUCUUAGUGACACAAGCGGUAUGUCCCCCGUCACCUAAGACACUUGCAAGGCCACAAAGUUGACAACCAGCCCCAGAAUCGUGUAGGCGAGGCAGGAAACACCAUUUUUUUCUCCUGAGGGAGGCACCUACGGCGAGGAGGAGAUGGAGGGCCUGACGCGGGUGUGGGCCCUCAGAGUCCUCCUCCUGCUAGCCUUGUGUGGCGCCCUGGGCGCCGGGCUGCGUGUGUCUGGCGUGCGCGUGCCGCCCGUGGUGGUGUCGGGCUCCGCGGUGGACCUCACCUGCCACUACCACCACAGCACGGACCGCCCCGACCCGCUCUACUCAAUCAAGUGGUACCGUGACGUGAACCAGUUUUAUGAGUACAUUCCAAGACGAGACCCGCCCAUCAGGGUGUACCCGCUGCCCCACAUCCACGUGGACCGCGCGCGCAGCUCGCAGGCGACGGUGGCGCUGAAGGGCGUGACGCGGGAGACGUCGGGCAGCUUCCGGUGCGAGGUGAUGGGCGACAAGCCUUUCUUUGAGACGGACGAUCACGCGGUGAACAUGACGGUGGUGGACGUGCCAUCGUGGGGCCCCGAGGUCUGGGGCGCCGCCACGGGGGCGCGGGUGCGGCCCGGCGAGGUGGUGGCCGUGCGCUGCCUCAUGGGGCCCUCAGACCCGCCGGCGGACGUGAGCUGGACUGUCAACGGCGAGGCGGCGCCGCCCGAGGCGGUGGACCUGCGCCCCCUGGCGCGGGGGCCGCGGGGGCGCCUAGCCCAGGCGUCGGAGCUGCGCGUCACGGCGACGGAGGAGUGGCUGGCGCGCGGCGCCAUGACCCUCACCUGCCACGCCCAAGUGUCCUCCGUAUACCACGCUACCGCCAACGUGACGCUCGUCCACUCCGACUGGCCGCAGCCCGCGGAGUUCGGCUGGUUCUCGGCAGCGCCCGCCGCCCCCCAACAGUCCCUGCUGCUGUGUCUCCUGCUGCUGUUACUCCUGCUCUCCGCUGUGACGCCGCUGUGAGGCAGACUGGCUGACGCUGCGCAGGUAACAACCCCGAGGUGACAAGGCGACGGAGGUGCUUGUGUUCCGUGACUUCCAGGUGCUCCUCUUCCUCCUCCUCCUCUUCCUCCUCCUCCUUUUCCUCUCACCCUCACUCUUCACGCCCUCCCCUCAGCCCUCCCCUCUUUAACCCCUCCCAUAAACUCGUUCCUUUAACGCUCUCUCCCCUUCUCCUGCCCCUAAUCACCACCCUGCUCUUUACUUCUCCCGCUACCCGCUUCCCUCUCUCCUCCCACUGUCCCCGCCCCUCUCCCUCUCUCCCUCUCCUCUCACCUCAUACUGGUACAAAAGAAAGUAAGGAAAAGAAUUCUUCCAUUAUUACGUGUUGUAGGCGACAGGUGUGCGUGACUCAGGUGUGGGCAGGUGAGGCGUGACGUAAUAUGGGUUGUCACGCCCCCCAGCACCGUCUCCUACACCGCCACCGUCACCGUCACUCUCUAUAUGUGACUCCACGCGUGCUAUUGCUGAAUAUGUGCUGAGAUUCUUGAUGUUAAUUCUCUCUCUCUCUCUCUCUCUCUCUCUCUCUCUCUCUCUCUCUCUCUCUCUCUCUCUCUCUCUCUCUCUCUCUCUCUCUCUCUCUCUCUCUCUCUCUCUCUCUCUCUCUCUCUCGUAGGUGUAUCGGCGUAUAACUGUCAUCAUCAUCAUCAUCAUUAUCGUCGUCGUCGUCAUUAUCAUCAUCAUCAUCAUCAGUAUCAGGGUCCUUUUGUUUAAGUUCAAAUCAUAUCGUAGAUUAUGCAGAUAAUUUAUGUGUACGUAUGAGUGUGUAUAGAUUACGUAUGUCGGUUUAUGUUACGUCCUUCUAUUGUUCGAAAGUCAGUGUAUGAAUCAGAUUUUUUUUUACCUUAAGUUUUCAAUAUUCUUUAGGUAGGUUUGGGUUGCGGGAGGAUAAUUAAGGCGUUCACUUGUGUUGUUUUAUAAAAAAGAGUUGGUGUUUGUAGUGUUUAGUUUUUACCUGUGCAAUGAAACUCAAGAAUCACCUGAGGGACUGUACGCGUUAGAAUCUGUGUACAAAAAAAAAAAAAAAAAACGUAUUUAUUUAUAGGGAAAAAAAAUCUAUACAUAUAUACAUUAUUAGUAUACUUACGACGGGAGAAAAAAAUAAUUAUAUACGAUAUCCACAAUUUCCAGAUGAUAACAUACGAAAAAGACGUCUUUGCUCAUUUAUGUUUAAGAUGAAUAUAUGACACAGGUGGAGACGACAGGUAACUAAUUAAAGCGUAAAACGUCUCCAUUACCUGUCAUUUAUCAGUGAGCCAAGCACUCACUCACUCACUCAGCGGCCUCGAAGCUCCGGAACAGCCAUUUGAAGCCCGUAGUUGACUUUCACUUUUUUUUAUGAACCUUUUGAAUGAAGCAGUAUUCGUUGUCUCGCAGUGUUUCUUAAGCAUUGAAACACAUACUUGAGGUGUUCAUCAUUGUGCAAAUCCAUUGAGCGUUGACUGAAAAAGGCAAAUAUGUCAGUAAUUCGUUUUUUUUUUGGUUGUACAUUCUACGUGGAUUUAAAAAGACAGACUCUGAGAAAUAGAUGGAAGACAAAAAGAGGAGAGAAGUAAAAGGACGAGGAGGAGGAGAUGGAAAGACUAAUAGGAGGAGGAGAGCAAUAGAAAGAGUAAGAGAAGAGAGAAGAAAUGAAAGAAGGACGAGAGAAACGAAACACAGAGGAGAGAAAAGACACAGACGGGCAAGGAGGAAGUAUGAAAAGAGAAAACGAGUCAAAGGUAAGGAAAGAAAACGGGAAAUCGACACAGGAUCAAGAGGCGGCUUCCCUUUCCUCGGCUCGUGUCCCUUGCAUUGUUAUUAUCGUGUGCUGGGUAAGGUAGUGGUUCCUCGAGCGUGUGUUGUGUUUGCGCGGCCAGACUGAAGCCCGGAAUAUGAUGGGAGGGACCAGCAGCAAGGACGAGGAGGAGGAGGAAAGGGAAUGGCCAGUUUAUCCCUGUAUCUCUCUGGUUGUCAUGUCUUUUCUGCUUCUUCUUCUUCCUCUUCUUUUCCUCUUCCUCCUCUUCCUCAGCAGACUUCCUGACAUCCGAAAUAAACGUAACUGCUUUGUUUUGUGUAUGUUGAAAGACACAUGUUAUCUCCUCCUCCUCCUCCUCCUCCUCCUCCUCCUCCUCCUCCUCCUCCUCAUUCCAUCCAUUUCUCCUUUCUCCACCAGUCAUCCCCUCAGUAGCAUGAAAGAACUCUCACCUUCCUUCCUUCUUUCCUCCUUCCUUCCUUCCUCUUAAGCUACUUCUUUUUCUUUCUUUUACCUUUUCCUUCCUUCAUUUCCUCCUUCUUUCCUUGUGCAACCGACUUCCCUCAUCUUUAAGUCUCCAUCACUUUCCCAUCACUCUUCUUUUCUCUAUCCCUCUUCUUCUCUCCUCCUCCUCCUCCUCCUCCUCCUCCUCCUCCUCCUCCUCCUCCUCCUCCUCCUCCUCCUCCUCCUCCUCCCUCUCUUGGUUCAGGAAACGCUCAUAGGAGUUUCGUGCGAUGAGGAAAGUAUUAAAAUAUAGGCCGAGUGCUCGCUCACACACACACACACACACACACACACACACACACACACACACACACACACACACACACACACACACACACACACACACACACACACACACACACACACACACACACACACACACACACACACACACACACACACACACAAAAGAAUCACUGGCAUGUCCACAGAAUUUAACGUACAUAGACACAUACCCACAUACAAACACACAUACAUACAUAUAUAGACACACGCACAUACACACCCACAGCUACAUACAUUCAUACAUACACAUACAUACAGGUGUCUUCCUUCCUCUAGCAGGUGUGUGGUGAUGUACAUACCUACCGCUGCCAAUAAACAUAUCCAUGUGUA